AUGCAGUACAUUAUGGAAGAUAUUAUGGAGGAAAACAACUUGGCAGAGGUUCUAGAUGCUGAAGUAGUUUAUGAAGAAGAAGAAGUUUCUGAAGAUCAUGAGAUUGGCUUGGAGGAGCUAGAACAAGCACCUCCUUGGAUAGAUGAUGAAGCCAUCCAUGUUAGAGAGGAGUUAGAAGAAGUGAAUCUUGGAACCUCUGAGGAACCUCAGGUAACUUUUGUUAGUAAAAACCUAGAGGUUGGUUUAAAAACAAAAUUAACUGUACUCUUGCAGGAAUACAAAGAUUGCUUUGCAUGGCAAUAUUCUGAUAUGCCGGGGUUAAGCAGGAUAUUGGUAGAACAUCGGCUUCCUAUUAAGCCCGAGUUUCAGCCAUACCGCCAACCUCCAAGAAGAGUGUCAAAAGAAGUUGAAUUAAAGGUAAAAGAAGAAAUUGAAAAAUUGUGUAAAGCAGGCUUUAUUAGGCCUGCUAAAUAUAGUAAUUGGUUAGCAAAUGUUGUUCCAGUGGUUAAAAAGAAUGGAAAACUUAGAAUAUGCAUAGACUUUAGGGACUUAAAUGAAGCAACUCCUAAAGAUAUUUAUGCCAUGCCAAUUGCUGACGCUCUUAUUGAUGCUACAGCUAAUCAUUCUCUUUUGUCUUUUAUGGAUUGUUUUGCUGGAUAUAACCAGAUUAUGGUGGCUAAAGAAGACAUCUCCAAAACGGCAUUUAGAUGUCCAGGAUCUAUUGGGACAUUUGAAUGGGUGGUCAUGCCGUUUGGUUUACGUAAUGCUGGUGCAACAUAUCAGAGGGCUAUGAAUGCCAUCUUCCACGACCUCUUAGGUAAAACUAUGGAGGUUUAUAUUGAUGAUGUUGUUGUAAAAUCAAAACUAAUGAAAGAUCAUUUGAAAAAUCUAGAGGAAGCAUUUAGGAGGAUGAGAGUUCACUGUUUAAAACUCAAUCCUCUGAAAUGCGCCUUUGGUGUAAAAGCUGGAAAUGUUUUGGGGUUUUUGGUCCAUGAAAGAGGCAUUGAAGUGGACCAAAACAAAACCAAAGAUAUUCGAGAAGCUAAACCGCCUAGAAAUAAAACAGAACUUCAGAGGUUUCUUGGGCAGGUUAAUUACUUAAGGAGAUUUAUAUCUAAUCUUGCAGGAAAAACAAAAGUGUUCUCAGAAUUGUUGAAAUUAAAAAAGGAGGAUGUCUUCAUAUGGGAAACCAUCCAUCAAGAGGCUUUUGAUGAAAUUAAAGAUUAUCUAAUGAAGCCUCCUGUAUUGAUGCCUCCCAAAAAGGGUAUACCUCUAAGGUUGUACAUUUCAGCAGCCGAAGGUUCAAUUGGGUGUCUGCUAGCCCAGAGCAACCAAGAUGGACAUGAACAGACUAUUUAUUAUUUGAGUCAUUCGAUGACAUCUACAGAGGUUAGAUACACUCCUAUCAUGAAUUUGUGUCUGGCUUUAUUUUUUGCCUGCACUAAAUUAAGACACUAUCUGCUUAGUAAUAGAGUCUAUGUGGUGUCUCAAACCGACUUGAUGAAAUAUAUGCUAAACAAACCUGUUUUAUCAGGAAAUAUUAGAAAGUCGUUAUUAAGUUUGGCAGACUUUCAUUUGAUUUAUCAUCCCCAGAAGUCGGUCAAAGGUCAGGCUCUAGCAGAUUUCCUGGCCGACCAUCCAUGUAUAAACCUAGGAGAUGAAAGUAAAUUUGACUUACCGGUUUUUAUGAAUGAACAUAGACCUUGGAUGCUUAAAUUUGAUGGGUCUAGUACAGAUAGGUCUGCGGGUGCUGGAAUCAUAAUAGUAUCACCUUCUGGAGCUAAGACCUCCUUGUCUUUUAAUCUUGACUUUGAAUGUACAAAUAAUCAAUCUGAGUAUGAGGCUUUGAUUAUUGGAUUAGAAAUCCUCCUAGAUCUAGGUGCUAAAAAGGUCAAAAUAAUUGGAGAUUCUCAAUUGGUUAUUAGACAAGUGUCUGGCGAAUAUAAAUGCAUGAGUUACUCUUUAACUUCUUAUUAUGCUAUUGCUAUACAGUUAAUAGAGAGUUUUAAAGAGGUUGAAUUAGUACAUGUUCCUAGAGAGGAAAAUUGGGAGGCCGAUGAAUUAUCACAGCUAGCAUCUGGCCUACGUCUGUCGGAGGAGUUAACCCAGCGACUAGUAAUGGUACAAAGAAAAACUCACCCUUCAAUUUUUAAAAGAGGAGUACAACUAGAUAUUUUCAAUAUUGAUGAUAACUUAGUACAGGAUUGGAGGAGAGAUAUUAAAAAGUACCUGGAGAAUCCUAGCAAGAAGAUGAUGUAUAAAGUAAGAGUGAGAGCUGUUAACUAUGUGCUCAUAGAAGAUGUUUUAUACAGAAGAGGAUUCGACAACCUAUUGCUAAGAUGCCUUAGAACUACAGAGGCACUAGAGGUCAUGAAACAAACUCAUGAGGGAGUUUGUGGAGCACAUCAAUCUGGAGUGAAAACGAGAUGGCUGAUCCGAAGACAUGGUUACUUCUGGCCAUCUAUCCUAAAAGAUUGCAUGACUUUUGCAAAGGGUUGCCAAUCGCGCCAAAGGUAUGGAAACAUACAAAGACUUCCAGCUGCUGAGUUGAAGUCUGUCAUCAAACCAUGGCCAUUCAGAGGUUGGGCCAUAAAUUUGAUAGGUAAAAUAUAUCCUUCAUCUUCUAAAAAUCACAGUUUCAUAAUUGUAGCUACUGAUUAUUUUACCAAAUGGGUAGUCGCUAAGCCAUUGGUAAAAGCAGAGCAAAAAGAUGUUAUUAAAUUUAUUAAAGAGGAAAUUAUUCAUCAAUUUGGAAUUCCAUAA